UAUUUCGUCACUCAGGCGACUCCAAAAACCUCUCUUUCACUAACACGCGCUUCCUCUCUUCAGGUUGUCAAGAAACACCGACCACUUCUUGUUCAUCCUGUUUAGGAGCUGCCGUGGAGUCAGGAAUAAUCCAAUAGCAUCGCCGCAGGCCGCUUGGAAGAACCAAAGUUACCGGAAGUACAGCGCAGAGGACGUUGGUGUGAGGAUGGCUGCCUACAAGCUGGUUCUGAUUCGCCACGGAGAGAGCGUCUGGAAUCAGGAGAACCGCUUUUGCGGCUGGUUCGACGCCGACCUUAGUGAGACAGGAGAGAAGGAAGCAAAGAGGGGAGGACAGGCCCUGAAAGAUGCUGGCUAUGAAUUUGAUAUCUGCUACACCUCUGUUCUUAAGAGGGCUAUCCGUACGCUGUGGUUCGUGCUGGACGGCAUUGACCAAAUGUGGCUGCCCGUCCACCGGACCUGGCGGCUCAAUGAGCGCCACUACGGUGGCCUGACGGGGCUGAAUAAAGCUGAAACGGCUGCCAAACACGGCGAGGCUCAGGUCAAGAUUUGGAGGCGUUCAUUUGAUAUUCCUCCCCCACCCAUGGAUGAGGGUCACAACUUCUACCAGGCUAUUAGCAAGGACCGGCGUUAUGGUGACCUUACUGAGGAUCAGCUGCCUAGCUGUGAAAGUCUCAAGGACACCAUUGCCAGAGCACUUCCUUUCUGGAACGAGGAAAUUGUUCCCCAGAUCAAGGAGGGGAAGAGGGUCCUGAUUGCUGCUCAUGGCAACAGCCUGCGGGGCAUCGUUAAGCAUCUUGAGGGUAUGUCAGAGGAAGCCAUCAUGGAGCUGAACCUGCCCACAGGCAUUCCCAUCGUGUAUGAGCUGGACAAAAACCUGAAGCCCUUAGGACCAAUGCAGUUCUUGGGAGACGAAGAGACCGUCAGGAAGGCCAUGGAAGCAGUGGCCGCUCAGGGCAAAGCCAAGAAAUAGACUCGUCCUUCCUGCUGAAGCACAGAAUAUAGACCAAUCAUCCUCUUCUCACACAUUCUGUUAAGAAAAAAAAAAGGUUAUUUAAUGUUUGUCAUCACAGACUUGCACACAAGUAGACCCAAAAUGUGCACUUUACUAAUUAUUUCUGGCUUAAACACAAUCAGCCUGUUGCUUGUGUUUAUUGGUCGUAGUUAUACGCUGAAAAACACAUUUCAUUCUUAGACCCUUGAACAUAGUUGAAGCACUGACCAAAUAGGCAAUUAGGGACCAGAGAGUGGUGACAGAAUGGAAAUCGGAUGAGCUGAUCUGCAGCUUACAAGCAGUGUCUGCAGGUAAACCUUACUGGGAACACCGCUGGCUGCUGUUGAAAAGGGCAAAGUGUUUCAUUGUACACUGCUUAACAUUGUUUGCUGUGGCAAAAAAGAAUAAAUAUUUGUGACAUCA